AAGAAAUUUUACUGCGCUUUUAUAUUGUAAUAACGGGUUGCUGUGCUUACAGCGUUUUUUCGGAUUAUGUCUUUGAGUUUUCUAUGUGUCAAGGCCUCUCUAUGCUUCCUACUUUAAAUGAGAGAGGAGACAUUGUAAUAGUCGAUCAUAUAUCACCAAGAUGGCGAGGCUAUCAAGUAGGGGAUAUAGUUUUGUUAUCGUCGCCGGUGGGCUCACAUUCCAAUAAAAACAUCUGCAAAAGGAUCACAGCUAAGCAAAACGAUAUUGUUCGAAAUACUAAAGGGAAAUUUCAAGAAGUUAAGAUACCUUCUGGGCAUGUGUGGAUUGAAGGAGACAACCCCUAUAAUUCAAGAGAUUCCAGGGCAUUUGGCCCGGUCCCGUUAGGGCUGGUAAAGGGGAGAGUCGUAGCCAGAAUUUGGCCGCUCAGCAAAUUUACAUUACUAUAAUGAAAACUUUUCUCGAGCGUAGAAGAAAA